ACAUUUCCCUCCACCAGCUUAAGUCUCUUCUCUGGCAAGGUCCACUAGGACUACCUCGGUCUUCUACCCGAGUCUUUUCAUCGAUACUCUUUCUGCCUUAUUCUUUCUUACCUUUUCUACCCUUUUUGCCCCUUUUCCCUAUACUCUUCAUCUCUCCACUACCCCUACUUUCCCUCUACCACUUCUCGUCAUUUGACAUACCUAUGCGUACCUAUACUACACUACCUACGGCUAGCCUCAUAUUGGUUGGUACCAGUCUAUUGUGGCUGUAUUGCUGUGAGUGUACACCAUAAACCAUAGUAGUCUCGUGGAUCCCAAAUGUCAGCAAUUGGUACAGGUACCUGGACAGUACGUCAUAAGGGCCAGUUCGAAGUAGAAAUGUCAAUCUUCCCCAAAAGGAGUGCAAAGUAUUUGUCGUUCCCUAAAUCGUCUCCUGUCAUGAUAGUACUCUCUGCUAUGAUUGGUCCACAACAUAGGAGGCUAAUGUGAGUCUUCGGAAGUGAUAGGGCCACGUGAUUGGACAUUAAUGACACCAACCAAGAAGGACUCCAACCAAGAAGGACCUACAGGAGCAACUACGAUAAAUGCAGCUUGCGAUGAAUGGACCAACUACCACGGAAGAGGGCAACGAGUCGUUCGCCCCCACGUGGUUUGACCGCGUCGCCGUGGCCACCACCGUGUACAGCGAUGAGAUGGUUGUCGUGUUACUCUAGCUUCGCUUGGGGCGCUUCCGCGAUGCAUUUACCAAGUACAGCUCCAACCAGAAACGAAGCAGCUUGUGGGAACGGCUGCUACUCCAAUUCAACAUCGUCGUCGGGGCCGACAGUGCCACAACGACCACGUCCCUGAAAAUAAGUAACCUACGUGCAAAAUACAAAGCCAUUCGUAUCAAGGAAGCGGCAACGGGGAAUGAUGUCGAUACAUCGAUUCAGUACCCAUCGUACUGGGAAGACAUGGUGGUUGCGUUUGGGGACAUGCGUGGUGUGGGUGACAUCGAGUUUGGCGACGAGGAUACCUUCCAAGGCCCUGAUGACGAAAUGCGGUAUGAAAAGCGCAAGGCUGUCGAAGACCUCGAGAACCAACGGCAAAAACGGACCCGGGCAAAGGCCAAAAUUUGUGCUGGGCUUGUUUCGUUGGGCGACUCCUUGGCAAAAGGAUUGAUUGAUGCUGCGGCCUUCGUACAACUCCCAACGCGAGUGCUGCAGGAUUUGCCCAACUUUUGCCGGAGACAAAUAAUGUAUUGGCAACAUCAAGUGCCAUGAACGAACGAACCGUCGCAGCUUUGGAACGGGGUAAUGAUAUCCAGGUUAAGCUGUUAAAGUUGCUGGAAUCUAAGCUUUAAUAAAUGCUAUUACUACA